CCAAGUCAUCGCCGGCACUAGUAUUGUAUUGCUUCUUUCUUGCCCCCAUUGCUUCCGUAAUUUUGCCGUAACAUUUGCUUCCCUCUCUCCCUCUCCCUCUCCCUCUUAAUUAGACCCAUUCUUUCACCUAUACAUACAACAACACACAUACACACAUACGUAGUAUUUAUAUGAUUACAUAUAUAUAUAUAUGUAUCACUGUUUGUAUGAAAAUCUGGGGUUUCUUCUAGUUAGUUGGAAUGAUGGACUUUUGGAGAUCCAGUGAGCGCCGGAUUUUCAUGGCGGUGAUGAUGUGUUUCCUGUUCCGGAAUUGUAAUCUGUGUUGGUCUCUCAACGAAGAAGGCUUAGCUUUGUUGAAAUUUAGAGAUAGAGUUGUGAGUGAUCCAUUUGGGGCUUUGUCGAAUUGGAAUGAUGAUGUCGGAGUGAUUAAUCCGUGUUCGUGGUUCGGCGUCGAGUGUUCGAACGGAAAUGUUGUGGUUCUGAACUUGAAAGAUUUGUGUCUUGGAGGAACACUAGCACCGGAUCUUGGAGACCUGGUUCGCAUAAAGUCUAUUAUUUUACGCAAUAACUCUCUUUCUGGAAUCAUCCCUGAAGAAAUUGGAGAGCUAAAGGAGUUGGAGGUGUUGGACCUGGGGUACAAUAACUUCCGUGGACCACUGCCUCCUAGACUUGGCAAUAAUUUAUCACUGUCAAUCCUUCUACUGGACAACAACGAGCUUCUGGGUUGCAUAUCUCCUGAAAUUCAUGAGCUCACAAUGCUUUCUGAAGCUCAAGUAGAUGAGAAUAAGCUUUCUAAUGCUGUGCAAAGAUUAUCUUGCAACAAAAGAUCCGUCUCAUGGAACAUUGAUGAAACUCGAGAUGUAGCUCAACGGAGAUUGCUAUUGGUGGCAGAUCAUUCACCAAAGAAUCUUAAAACGGUCUUGCCAGAAGUAUAUUCCUCAUCACCUUCCUCUGCCCCUUCCCCUUCCCCUUCCCCUUCCCCUUCCCCUUCCCCAUCUCCUGCAACCACACCCUCUCUAGCAAAAAGUCCAAAAAACCAUCAUGUUCUAAUAUACUCUUUAGCCAUAGGGGGUUCGGCAUUGUUUCUCAUUUUGGUCAUUGGCAUAUUAUAUUGUCGAGGCAAUAAGGUGGCUGUUGUCAGACCUUGGGCCACAGGAUUAAGUGGGCAGCUGCAGAAAGCAUUUGUAACUGGCGUGCCAAAGCUCAAGAGAUCAGAGCUUGAGACAGCUUGUGAAGAUUUCAGCAACAUAAUUUCUUCUUCACCAAUUGGAAAAGUAUACAAAGGAACAUUGUCCAGUGGGGUUGAAAUAUCCGUGGUAUCUGUUGCAGUUACAUCUUCCAAGGAUUGGUUUAAGAAUCUGGAAUUUCAGUUCAGGAAUAAGAUCGACACUAUAUCAAAAUUGAACCACAAGAAUUUUGUGAAUCUUCUUGGGUAUUGCGAGGAAGAGGAGCCAUUCACUAGAAUGAUGGUUUUCGAAUAUGCUCCAAAUGGGACCCUCUUUGAGCAUUUACACAUAAAAGAAUCAGAACAUUUGGACUGGGUGAUGCGGAUGAGGAUUGCAAUGGGGAUGGCCUACUGCCUCGAGUACAUGCACCAAUUGACGCCACCAAUGACACACAAAAACCUCAACUCUACGGCUGUCCAUCUCACUGAAGACUAUGCUGCCAAAAUCUCAGAUUUUUGUUUCUGGACUGAGGCAGCAGCUACUGAGAUGGAACUGCAUCCGUCAAGUAACGUCUACAGCUUUGGUGUAAUAUUGUUCGAAAUGGUAACAGGCAGGCUCCCUUACUCGGUGGAUUGUAAUAGUAGUUCGCUUGAGGACUGGGCAUCCGACUAUUUGAGGGGAGAACAGCCCCUUAAAGAAAUAGCAGAUCCGACUCUAAAAUCUUUCGAAGGAGAUCAGCUCGAAAAACUUUGUGAAGUGAUUAAAUCUUGUGUUCACCCUGACAAAAACCGGAGACCGGACAUGAAAGAAGUUACUGCAAGGUUGAGAGAGAUAACGGCAAUAGGACCGGAUGGAGCAAUCCCAAAACUCUCCCCUCUUUGGUGGGCUGAGCUUGAGAUUCUGUCAACAGAAGCAAACUAAUAGGUGAAGUUGAAACUUGUAAUUAUAAGCCUGCUUUUUUUUCUUCCUUGGUGAGGCAAAAGUAAAUUUUACUCGCAGGUUGAUACAGCUUGUAUCUAGCUUAGAAACAUGAUAUCUGUACAUGGGCCGAGAUAGGGAAAAAGCUGGUUAAGUCCUGUUUCUUUUGGUUUGAUGUUUAGAAUUUGGCUAUGUAGAAUAAAAGCAAAUUAUAUAUAUAUAUAUAUAUAUAUGAAACUAUGGGACUAUGGGAGUAUGGAAGUUACAUAUUUGUAUAAUUUUUUCAUUGUA